AUGAAGACUAGUUACUUGAUUUUUACAGCCUUGUUGGCCUUAGCAUCUUGUGCCUUUGCAUUUGAUCCCAGCCCUCUACAAGACUUUUGUGUAGCUAUCAAUGACACUAAGAAUGCUGUGUUUGUGAAUGGAAAAUUCUGCAAAGAUCCAAAACUUGCCACUGCAAAUGAUUUCUUUUUCUCAGUGAAAGAAGGAAACACAUCGAAUUCACUUGGCUCAAAAGUGACAGCGGUUACGGUUAAUGAGAUAUUAGGAUUGAACACUCUUGGUAUUUCUCUUGCUCGCAUUGACUUUGCAGCUAGAGGACUAAAUCCUCCACAUACUCAUCCAAGAGGUACUGAGAUUCUUAUAGUUUUGGAGGGUACUCUCUAUGUUGGUUUUGUUACUUCUAACCCCCAAAAUCGUCUGAUCACAAAAGUACUGAACAAAGGAGAUGUAUUUGUGUUUCCAAUCGGUCUCAUUCACUUCCAGUUGAAUGUGGGAUAUGGAAAUGCGGUUGCCAUUGCUGGACUUAGCAGUCAGAAUCCAGGAGUUAUCACUAUUGCUAAUGCUGUGUUUGGAUCUAAUCCGAAAAUUUCAGCAGAAGUUCUCACAAAGGCUUUUCAAGUGGAUAAUAAGAUAGUUGACAAUCUUCAGAAACAGUUUUGGUUGGACAAUAACUAG